GGACAUCUCUUCCUCUCUGAGCUCCAUGUCCUUUUCUCUUCACUCACCGCCAGUUGACCCAUCCCUGCUGCCUAUGACCGCACAUUGCGAAGACGAAUGAAUGCGAUACUACCAUGGCAGCCUCCAAUCUGAGUACGGACCAAUUAGAUGACCUCGAGAAUGAGAAAAGCGACGGCGGCGUGAGAACGCAGACGAGAAGGCAAAGUCAAAAAGACUCGGAAAGCAGUUCCGGACACGACGACAGCGACAUCCACCCACGAGACCAAGAGAUCCAAUGGAAAUACCUCGAAUUCGAGACCGAGCUCCCUCAACCAGCACAUCUCUCUUCUCGGCCACAAGCGCGCAGAGAUGACAGUCGCACACAACCUCCUCCUCCCGAUCCGCCCGACCUGAAGAACUACGAGUCCCCUUUCCUCUGGUCGGAAAGGCGCAAAAGUCUGAUGACAUGGCUGUCCUGCAUCGUCACUCUCUUCGUCGCUUACAAUGCAGCCGCAUACACGUCCGGCGUGGACCAAAUGAUGGCCGAAUGGAACAUCUCCCGAGUCGCCGCUCUCGUCGGCGUGACCACCUUUACCGCAGGUUUCGGGGUCGCGCCCAUGUUUCUCGCACCCUUUAGCGAGAUUAAUGGACGUCGACCCGUCUUCGUGGCGACGGGCCUCUUGUGGGUGGUCUUUCAGAUCGUGUGUGGUGUGACGCCGACAUUUGCGGGCAUGUUGAUCUGUCGCUUUUUGGCCGGUUGUGCUUCUUCCACCUUCAGCACCAUGGUGGGCGGCGUGGUGAGUGACAUCUAUCAUGCCAAGGAUCGCAAUACUGCCAUGACGCUGUUCACUUCUGGCGCAUUGACGGGCACGGGACUGGGGCCGUUGGUCAGUGGAUUCAUUGCGCAGCAUACCACCUGGCGCUGGAUCUUCUAUCUGCAAGUCAUCAUUGACGGAUUUCUCAUGAUUCUCAUUGUCUUCUUCUUCAAGGAGACGCGGGGAUCCGUGCUCCUCUCUCGAAAAGCGCAGAAAUUGAACCAAUACUACGAUGCACUGGAAGCUGCUGGCUAUUACGGCGUCGUCAUCGACGACGAGUCCGCCAACUCAUCAUCAUCAUCAUCAGGAGGAGACCCCGAGAAGCAGCAGCACCAACCCCAGCGAUCAAUCAUCCGCAUGCGCUGGAAAGUCCUUGCAGACGAAGAACGCAGCUCGUUGGCAACCAUGCUCAAAAUCUCCCUCUUCCGACCCAUCACCAUGCUCUUCACCGAACCCGUCGUAUUCUUCUUCAGCCUCUGGAUCUCCUUUUCCUGGGCAGUCCUCUACCUCUCCCUCGCAGCCGUCCCCCUCAUUUUCACCUCUACCUACAAUUUCUCCCAACAACAAACCGGCGCCGUCUUCAGCGCCACCUGCAUCUCCUCCAUCCUCUUCACUGUUGUCGCCAUCUAUCAAGAAACCUGGCUCACUCCCCACCUCCCAGCCCACCAUCAGAAAAUCUUCGAAACCCCCGAGGGCAGACUCUACUUCGCCUGUGCGGAAAGUGCCCUUUUACCCCUCGGCUGCAUCUGGUUUGCCGUCACGGGUGCAUAUCCCCAGAUUCCCUGGAUCGUGCCGACUUUGGGUCUCGCGUGUGCGACGAUUGGAAUUUUCUCCAUCUAUCUCGCCGUGUUCAACUAUCUAGCGGAUUCAUAUCACCGAUAUGCAAGUUCGGCAUUGGCCGCGCAGUCGUUUUGUCGAAAUUUGAUGGGCGGUUCGUUUCCCUUAUUCACGACCCAAAUGUUCCACACCAUGACAUUUCAAGGCGCAGGCGGAUUUCUCGGAGGAAUUGGAUUUCUAUUAACUAUUGUUCCCUGGGUCUUAUUACUCUAUGGACCCAAGAUUCGAGCCAAGAGUCGGCUUGCGAGGGAAAUUAUAUGACGAAACGAAAUUGGUUUAAUUUCCCAUUUUUUUUAAAAAAAAAAAUGGAAGAAAACUACAAGAAGGAAGCCUGCAGGAUAGUAGCAGCAGCAGUAGCAUGCUCAGUCCGAUAAUGUGUGCGGUGAAACGAAAUGAAAUGAAACGAAACGAAGCAUUAGAUGGGGCUAUGGGACUGAUAGAAACAUAGACUAACGAGAGCUCAAUGAAGGGAAAAAGAAAUCCGUC